UCGAUUUCGAUGCUUGAGGAAAGCUGUAUAGUUUAAAAGAAAUUGUACUGCAACAUUUUUGCCGCCAGUUCCGCCAUUUUCGGUCUCAUCAGCUGAUAAUGCCGUGGGAGGAGCAAAGCCAGAAUCUUAUUUGUUAUAGUGCCUUGUACUUAUAAUAAUAAAUAAAGUUGAAAGCAGCACAUAUAUUUUUGUAUUAUCGAUUAUUGACGUGUAAUGAGUCUCUAUUAAAUGGAGAUUUUUUGUAAAUCAAUACCAAAAAUGUGAAAAAACGAAACUUGACGGCAUUAACCACUCGAAGUAUGACUUUGUAAAUAAAUAUUGCUGAAAAUCAUCGCAUAACCUUAGUAACCAUCAAAAUAUAAUUUUUAUACAGAUAAUUUUUUGUUAUUUCAGAGCAUAAAUAUUUUGUAAGGCAACAAUGUCAUUAGUAAUAGAUGCUAUUUCAACAAUACCAGAAUCAUUAAAUAACGUUGUACGUUUCUCCAGAGAAAGAUUCAACCCGAAUGUUUUACAGGAAAUAGUACAAGAUGCUGACAGUUUAGAUGAGAUGGAUAUAGUGUCUAUCAUAUUUUUAUUUACUGACCAAGAAACAGAGAUUCAUCAACUUAUUGAAUUUUUACUAAACGAUCCAGCUACUUAUUUUAAUACGUUAAGGCAUCGAGUAAACUGGGAAGAAAAAUUGUUAGAAUCCUUAAUUAUUAUUGGUAACAUCAAAGUAAUCAAAAAGUUAGGCUUUGAUAACAAUGAAAUUGAAGCUAUGAAAGUGAGAUUCGUAUAUAAUGUGCAUAAUGUUAGUGAAAAUUUAAAUAAAGUUAUUAAAAGUCUAUAUUUUGUAUGCUCAAACUUGGAUACAAAAGAAGUAAGCAAAUUAAUUACUAAAGUCAACGAAAGGUUGUGUUCACCUGUACAAUUGAAUAGUAAUAAAUUAUGGCUAGAAGUGUACAUCUUAUAUUGGCUUCAGCAAAACUACAUUUCAAUCAAUGAAGACAAUCCUAAUUUGAAUAAUUUAAUAGAGGAUUUGAAAAGUAUAGGUUGCCUGAUUGAUUUGCCUUUCAAUUUUGAAGAUUGGAAAACUACUCAUAGAAACCUACAAGAUUCCUCGAACACUUUAAUAAAUGACAAUUCAAUGCCAUAUACAAGCAAUAAUACAUACAAUCAAAAUGAUAAUAACUCUGAGACAACCAGGAUACCAUGGGGAAAAAACCAGAAACGCUUAUGCAUUAUUAUUAAUCAAAAAAAUUUUAAAAAUAAAGUGAUGUACAAGUUCAGACGUGGAUCUGAUGCAGAUGAAAAGAAUUUGAUUGAAACUUUAAGAGGCUGCAAUUUUGAAAUUGAUGAACCAAAAAGAGACUUGACAAAAAGUCAAAUGAUUGAUUUUCUAGAUUCAUUCAAUACAGAACGGUAUAAUCAGUAUGCUUGCAUCUUUAUGUGCAUAUUGAGCCAUGGCUCAGAAGGUGAAGUUGUCUUUUCGGAUGAUAAAAAAAUAAGCAUUGAUACUAUUAGAGAUAAAUUUUGCUGUGAAAAAUUACAAAAUGUAUUUAAGUUUAUCAUCUUACAAUCCUGUCAAGGAAAACAGAUAGGUUGGGUAGAAAGAAAUUCAGAACAAAGCACAGGGAGAUUAGUUACAGAUGGUCCAACAAGCCCUGUAUUUUACAAGCAUUUUGGUCUGUUUCAAGCUACAUUAAAUGGAUUUGUAGCCUUUAGAAAUGAAGAUGAAGGUUCAUGGUUCAUCCAAGAUAUUUGUACAGAAUUGAGAAUUUCUACACCAACAAUAGUUACUGAAUGGGUGAAGAAAGUAAAAAAACGCGUGGGUGAUAGAAGAGCUACAUGUACGAAUUUUAAAGAAAUAGAGGCGGUGCAAAUUCCAUGUUCAAGUGACACCAUAUCUGAUGAUUACAUGAUACCAAAGUAUCAAGAAUUUAGAUAAAUUUAAAACGACAUGUUUUAUGAAUGCUCAAGUGCAUCGAUGUAUAUAUUGAAGUUGAUACCUUCUAGAUGCAUAAUCCUGUUGAACAUGUGCAAAAGCGUGAUAUUUUGAUAUUGUAAUUGUUAAACUGCUUUUAUUAUAUUAUAUAAUGACCGUUAUGAAAAAUGACAGAUAGCUUUAUACCAAUUUUCAUAUUAGAUUUGUCAUGGGCAAUCCAUUUGUAUGCAGUGAAUCAAUUGUAUAUAUUUUAUAUUUUUACAAAAAUUUUAUAUAUUUCUAAGCUUAAUGAACCUAAUAAAUUAUAAACUCAACAAUGA